UUAGACUACACUGCUGAAUAUAUAUGUAAGGAGGAGGAGGAGCUGUCAAAGAAAUUUGGGACUUUCUCAGAAAAGGGAAACUUUUCCCUCUAACCGAUCCGGGAAUUCGUUUAAUUUAAAGUGUUUUUAUUUCUUUCUCCGGUCGGAUUAUCGCGUUGUGUUGGCAUGGAAUGACGCUGCGCUCUCCAAACACGAUGGCAGCGCGUUUUCUGACAUGGAUCACCCUCACCUCUCUGCUCUGUCUGGGCGUUCUGGCGGAAAAGAAAGUCUGCCAAGGUUUUACCAAUCAUUUAAAUCUUCUGGGCUCUAAAGAGGACCACUACCAGAACAUGGUGAAGACCUACAGCAAUUGUACUGUUGUCCUGGAGAACUUGGAGAUCACUUAUGUAGAAGAGCACCGUGACCUUUCCUUCCUCCAGUCCAUUGAAGAAGUCAGUGGCUACGUUCUGAUUGCCCUCAACACAGCUCCCAAGAUUCCUCUGCAGAAUCUGCGGAUCAUCCGAGGUCACGCCCUCUAUGAGGGAAAGUUUGCGCUUUCUGUGCUCGCCAAUUUUGAGACAAAAACAGGUCAAGGUACCACCGAGCUUCUCCUGACCAGCCUAACAGAAAUUCUCAAAGGAGGUGUGAAGUUUAGCGGCAACGGCAAGCUUUGUAAUGUGGAAACCAUACAGUGGUUUGAUAUCGUCAAUACUGAAGAUGAGCAUAAGCCCAGCCUGGAACUCCCAGUGGCUGGAAACAACCCCAAUUGUAAGAAAUGCCACUCAAACUGUUUCAAUGGUUCAUGUUGGGCUUCUGGUAAAGAAAACUGUCAGACCUUAACCAAGCUGAACUGUGCACAGCAGUGCUCCAAGAGGUGCAAAGGACCAUCACCAAGUGACUGUUGCAAUGAGCAUUGUGCAGCUGGAUGCACGGGGCCCAGACCCACAGACUGUCUGGCCUGUCGGGCCUUCCAGGAUGAUGGGGUGUGUAAGGACUCCUGCCCAGGGCUCCAGCGCUAUGAUCCAAACCUGCACCAGCUGGUCCCCAACCCACAUGGAAAGUACAACUUUGGGGCCACUUGUGUCAAAAGUUGUCCACAUAACUAUGUUGUGUCUGAUCAUGGUGCUUGUGUGCGGGCAUGCAGCGGUAACACAUAUGAAAAGGAUGAGGGAGGAGUACGAAAGUGUGUCAAGUGUGACGGACUGUGCCCAAAAGUGUGUAACGGACUUGGAGCAGGAGAACUGACUCACACCCUGUCUAUCAAUGCCACCAACAUUGGCUUCUUUAAAAACUGCACUAAGAUCAAUGGUGACAUCACUAUCAUUAAAACAUCGAUCCAUGGGGAUCCUUUUACUAAAACACCAAAGAUGGAACCGGCUCAGCUGGACGUGUUCAAAACGGUUAAGGAAAUUACAGGACACCUGUGGAUUCAAAUAUGGCCAGAUACCAUGAAAUCACUCAGUCCUUUUGAAAAUCUGGAAAUAAUUCGAGGGAGAACAAAACGCGGUGGCCACACUUUAGUUGUGACCCAGAUCAAUGCCGACUACCUCGGCUUCCGGUCACUAAAGGAGAUCAGUGACGGGGACGUGGCCAUUAUCAAGAAUGAGAAGCUCUGCUAUACGAAGGAGAGUCACUGGAAGAGGCUCUUCAGAUCAAAGAGUCAAACUGCAACAGUCAACGACAACGCAAAUGCUACCACUUGUGCCCUAAGCAAAAAGACCUGUGACAGGAAGUGCACAGCGGACGGCUGCUGGGGCCCAGGCCCGGACAUGUGUUUCGCCUGUCAUAACUACAGCCGUGCUGGGAGUUGCGUUGACUCCUGCAACAUCCUGGAGGGAGAGCCACGGGAGGCGAUCGUGAAUAAAACCUGCAUGGAGUGUGACCCUGAGUGUCUACGCAUGAACGGCACUGCAACCUGCCGGGCGCCUGGUCCUGGAAACUGCACAAAGUGCGCCAACUUUCAGGAUGGACUGUUCUGCGUGUCACGUUGUCCCCAAGGCAUCCCUGGAGAAGAUGACACCCUGGUGUGGAAAUAUGCAGACAAGGAAAGAGUCUGCCAACUGUGCCACAAGAACUGCACUAAGGGGUGUACCGGACCAGGCCCUGAUGGUUGCCGAGGUGAAAGGUCUUCAGGCCUGUCCAUGAUUGCAGCCGGGGUUGUUGGUGGGAUGCUGGCCGUUUUGAUCGCAGGCCUCUCUGUCUUUGUGCUGCUACGUCGGCGCCACAUCAAAAGGAAAAGGACGAUGCGCAGACUGCUCCAAGAGAGACAGCUGGUUGAACCUCUUACUCCAAGUGGGCAAGCACCAAACCAAGCCCUGCUGCGGAUACUGAAGGAACCAGAGUUUAGGAAAAUUAAGGUUCUGGGAUCAGGAGCUUUUGGUACAGUUUACAAGGGUCUUUGGGUCCCAGAAGGGGAGGAUGUGAAGAUCCCAGUGGCUAUCAAGGUUCUGAGAGAGGCCACAUCACCAAAAGCCAACCAGGAGAUCUUGGAUGAAGCUUACGUGAUGGCCAGUGUUGAUAACCCGCAUGUAUGCCGUCUGCUGGGUAUCUGCCUCACCUCGACGGUGCAGCUAAUAACUCAGCUGAUGCCUUAUGGCUGCCUGCUGGACUACGUGAAAGAAAAAAAGGACAACAUUGGCUCCCAGCACCUGCUCAACUGGUGUGUUCAGAUAGCAAAGGGUAUGAACUACCUGGAGGAACGCCAUCUAGUGCACCGUGACCUGGCAGCCAGAAAUGUCCUGGUCAAGACUCCCAGUCAUGUCAAAAUCACCGACUUUGGGCUGGCCAAACUCCUUAACGCAGAUGAGAAAGAAUACCACGCAGAAGGAGGAAAGGUGCCAAUUAAAUGGAUGGCUCUUGAAUCAAUCCUAAACAGGACCUACACUCACCAAAGUGAUGUCUGGAGCUACGGUGUAACAGUCUGGGAACUGAUGACAUUCGGGACCAAACCUUAUGAUGGGAUUCCAGCCAGUGAAAUAGCCGGGAUUCUGGAGAAAGGAGAGCGCCUGCCUCAGCCACCAAUCUGUACUAUAGACGUCUACAUGAUCAUGGUGAAAUGUUGGAUGAUUGACGCAGACAGUCGGCCUCGUUUCCGGGAACUAAUAGCUGAGUUCACCAAGAUGGCUCGAGAUCCAUCUCGCUAUCUUGUCAUUCAGGGUGAUGACCGCAUGCACCUACCAAGUCCAACAGACACCAAGUUCUACCGCAGCCUGAUUAGUGGAGAGGAUUUGGAUGAUGGUGUGGAUGCAGAUGAAUACUUGGUACCGCAGCACAGCUUCUUCAGCAGUCCAAGCACCUCCUACACCCCACUGCUUCACUCCACGAGCAUCAACAGCAGCAAUGGAACAUGCAUCAACAGAAAUGGCUUAAUGAACGGUGUGCUGAGCAGAGACGGAAGCAUGGUUCUUCGAUAUAUCCCUGACCCCACUGACAAAUUUAUGGAUGACGCCUUCCAACCUGCUCCAGACUACAUGAACCACAACGGAGUCUCCAAUGUGACGAAUCCUGUCUACCAACAUGCACGUCCCCCCCGCAGCCUCCUUCCAACCAUCUCAUCAGAUGAUACAGAGUCAGAGUACCUGAAUUACUUUAAAAACAGGCCAAAUGGACCUGAAUACCUCAACGAGCUCCCGCCCUCUACCACACUUCCUUUCGACUCCAGCAACAUGGUCUGUGUUGAUCAGAGCAACAGGCUUCAGAAUAGCAUUGACAAUCCAGACUACCAACAGGAUUUCACUCCCACCCCAAAGACUCACGCAAAUGGACACAUACCAGCUGCAGAGAAUGUGGAGUACCUGGGUCCAGACUGAGGACCUUGGAGGAAAAAACAACGAAUUAAUCCAAAAUAAUAGUCUGUGUUUUGCUCCUUUGGAAAAGGCAUUUUUUUGUUGCUAGAAGCUCAAUGAGCACCAUCAGUGGAAGCUUACGCAACAGUUUUUCUUUAAUACAAAACUUAAAUGACUUUUCAUGAAUGAAAACAAGCCAAAAACUGGGUUGAGUCCUUCUCAGUUGAGCUUUGAGCUACUGGUCCUAACAGCUGAUAAAGUUGACCAGCAGCACAUUAUAGACCUACUAGCAUUGGACUCAGAACAUCUCUCUCUGAGGAAGUCAACCAGAUUAGAGGGAGGGAUAUUUUUUUUUAGAUUGAUCACUAACCUGUUCUUAAUCAGGUCAGUGUGCAUUAAAUACUGAACGUGUGAGCAAAUACACCUGGUAGGACUGUGGUCAUAUUCAAACCGAUGUGUUUUGUAGCUCAAACCUUUCAGCACUUUGUUAUAUAAAAGUAUAUUUUUUCGCAGAUGUGACAAAGGGCUUUCCCACAGCGCUUAUCCAAAAUCAGAUCCUAUCUUUAUUUUUCUGUUUAGUUAAUACAAACCAUAAAAGAUUCUGUUUUUGUCCCAAAUGUUUUUGUUUUCUGUAAUGUUUAUAAAAAGCCAAGUGAACUGUCUGAGGCAGGUUGUGUGUCAUUUUAAUUGUAACGUUUCAUUGUCCUUUAUUUUAAACAUGAUUGCAUAGAAAGAUUAUAAAUGUCUUUUUCUUUCAUUUAAGAAAGUAAGAUGGUUUUUACUUGGCGUUGACGCCAUGUGUUCUGUUGCUCUUUAAGUCAGUAACUUUUGCAAGAGCAUUAUCUCUGCAAGUAUUGUUCCUAGUUUUAAAGGAAUAACCUAUUGUAGCAUUUUUGUUCCAAGAAUUUAAACAGGUACCUGUACAGAAAACACUUAAUAUCCUGAAAUACACUACCAAAUAGCUGUAAUUAAUAAUCCGUAAAGAAGUUUUGUCUAUGUGAAUAUGCACGUGUUUUUUGACUGUGAGCAUAUAAUUCAAUAAAUUA